AUGAAUGCAAGGCAUACCUAUGUCCAGCUGUGCGAGGCACUUUUGGAUAAUUUUGGACAGGAACUCACGUUUAACGACAUGGCAUAUGAGGUCAAGCAGUUGAACGGCGCUGCUGAAUACAUGGCCCAAAUGCGCAAGGCACCGGUACACAUUGACAACUGCAUGCCCUUUUACGUUACUAUGUUUCAUGAGUUUAUACAUACGGUUCAAAAUCCUGAAGUCGAGGGCACAGCCGGCUAUGGUUGGAGAAACGGCCACUGA